UCUGUGUGGUGGGGAAUUUUGACAGCGACAGCGUUGUUUAGGAGACAAACAAGGACGUGUAGAAGGGGGCUAUUUUUCUCUCCUCGUUCCUCCCGAUCUCGCACUGACAGUUUCUCAACGCACCUAGAUUUCUGACGAUAUGGCGGCUUCUGAUCGGGCUGUCUACUGUAAGUCUGAUGAGUAAUCCCCCCCCCUGGUCCUGUCCUCCAUUGUGGUCGACAUGGCGAGCCACUACCGGCCGCCGUCCCCCCUGGAGGAUUCGGUGCUGGGCAGCCCGGUGUGUGGGGACUUCCUUGGGGGCAUGGAGGAGCUGCAGGACAUCCCCCAGUCCAUCGAUGGUGACGCCCUCAGCUCCUUGGACGUCCCUGAGUACCAGUCCCAGUCGAGUAAUGGCUCCGAAGGAUCCACCGUUCUAGAUGCUCUGACCCCUGCAUCCAGCCCGUCGUCAGGGGGCUAUGGGGCGGCUGCAGGGCUGGAGGAGUUCUCCUCCACCUCUCUGAACCUGGAGUGUCGGGUGUGUGCCGACCGCGCCUCCGGAUACCAUUAUGGAGUUCACGCCUGUGAGGGCUGCAAGGGUUUCUUUCGGCGGACCAUCCGCCUGAAGCUGGAAUAUGACAAGUGUGAGCGCCGCUGUAAAAUACAAAAGAAGAACCGUAACAAGUGCCAAUACUGCCGCUUUCAGAAGUGCCUGUCUGUGGGCAUGUCCCACAACGCGAUCCGUUUUGGUCGGAUGCCCCAGUCAGAGAAGCUGAAGCUGAAGGCAGAGAUCCAGACGGGGGACAGGGAGGUGGAGGACCCCGAGCAGGCCGACCAGAAGACCCUGGCCAGGCACAUCUACGAGGCCUACCUCAAGAACUUCAACAUGAACAAGGCCAAAGCCCGCACCAUCCUCACCGGCAAGACAAGCACUCCACCCUUCGUCAUCCACGACAUGGAGACCCUCCAGCUGGCAGAGCAGACCCUGGUGGCUAAGAUGGUGAGCACGGCCGGGAGCCAUCUGCUUGAGAAGGAGGCUGAGGUCCGCAUCUUCCACUGCUGCCAGUGCACCUCCGUAGAGACGGUCACAGAGCUAACCGAGUUCGCCAAGUCUGUCCCCGGCUUCUCCAGCCUGGACCUGAACGACCAGGUGACUCUGCUGAAGUAUGGCGUGUACGAGGCACUGUUCGCCCUGCUGGCAUCGUGUAUGAACAAGGACGGCCUCCUGGUGGCCUACGGAUCGGGCUUCAUCACCAGGGAGUUCCUCAAGAGUCUGAGGAGGCCCUUCAGCGACAUGAUGGAGCCCAAGUUUCAGUUCGCCAUGAAGUUCAAUGGGCUGGAGCUGGAUGACAGUGACCUGGCUCUGUUUGUGGCUGCCAUUAUCUGCUGUGGAGACCGCCCUGGCCUGGUGAACGUGACCCACAUCGAGUGCAUGCAGGAGAACAUUGUUCAGGUGCUGCAGCUCCACCUGCUGGCCAACCACCCAGACGACACCUUCCUCUUCCCCAAUCUGCUGCAGAAACUGGCCGACCUCCGUCAACUGGUCACCGAGCACGCGCAGUUGGUCCAGGAGAUCAAGAAGACCGAGGACACGUCACUCCACCCCCUGCUGCAGGAGAUCUAUAGGGACAUGUACUGAGAUUUUUAGCCCAGGGAGAAGGGCUGGGGGCUGAGAACACACACCUCACCCUCCAUUUUGGGGACAUGUACUGAGCCUAGAAAGGAGGUGGUCUGCCAUUUUGGGGACGCAGGCGUGAACAGUCCCACGGUGAUGACAGGGUUGAACAGUCCCACGGUGAUGACAGGCGUGAACAGUCCCACGGUGACAGGGUUGAACCACUGAACCCCCAGAUACAGGGUUGCUCGUAUUUCUCAGCAGCGAGAGUAUUGGUGUUUAUGAGGCCCAGACAUCACAGGACAAGACAGAACUACAGGACACUACUCUGGGCACCUGCAGUUGGGUCCACUACUCCUUCAUGGACCUAAAGGGCCGUAUUAUGUGUGUGGAGGGGCAGUGUGGAGCUGAAUUGAGUCUCCUGUUCUAUCCUAGUGUUUAUCCUAAUGCAGUUCCCAGCUAGAGAACAUGUAUCGGGCUGGAGUACACAGAUCAAAUAAUAAAUUGCUGGUUUGGGUAAGUAAGAUUCAGUCAGUCUAUAACCACCAGAAUCCCUGCUUAGGUACAUGCUUAAAGGGGCCUGCACUGAGCCAUACUCAGGCACUAGAGUGAAGAACAGCAGAACUUACUCUUCAGAACACCACUUCAGCGGUAUGUUUAUAACUUUGCCAUUUUGUACCGAACGUGAGAGCGAGAGGAAAGAAUGAUAGUGAUGCCCACCUACUUUGCAGUAAAGACACCCAAGUGACUUCAAUGCCGACUACAGAUUUUUAGAUGUGAGUGACUGUGUCUCACAGCAAGGCAGCUUUUUCAGUGAUUGGCUGUGCUCCCCCAGUGAAGUACAGAUGUAGGUUCUUUAUUUGAGAUGGUUUGCUACAGCAGGAUAAUACUUCUGCAGCAACAGGAAAUGUGAAUUAUAAUUCAUGGACAUUUUCUGUUGAUACCUUUUGGGGUUGAUACCUUUUUCAUAAGUGCCAAUCAAGUCUGAAAUGUAAAAGGAGAAAUUGCAAACGUUAGAAACCUUUUACACAAGUUUGCAUUUCCUGCUGUGCAGGAAAAUGUUCAGCAACUAAAAGAGUGAUUAAGAGCCUACAUCUGUAAUGGGAUUGCAUGGUCAGUUUCCUAAUACACCAUACUGUACCAGACUAUUGUCCCUCAGAUGCGGCUCAAAAUCCAACUCACAGGACAAGUAAAUGUAACAGACUGCUUCAUUCAUUUUGGGAAAGCUCUCCUGUGCCUUAUCAAAUUAUUUCACCUGCUUAGGCGAUAACAAAUCAUGUAUUAUAAAUGGGAUUCCUCUGAAAAAUACUAUAACUAUAAUUUAGCCAUUGAUUUAACAUGGGCACGUUCACUAAUGUUAUCAAGGAGGAGGCUAAAGAGUUUCAGUAAUUGCUCCCUCUAUAUCUCUCUGAAUAUUUCGUCCUUUGCUAUUUUCGACACAAGACCCACAGCCUCAGUUGGACAGACACACUCUUGGCCUCAACAGGCCUCCAUUGUUCAAACAUCAGUUACUCUUCAGUCAUUCUACAGAUAAUUAUUCCCUAUGUGCUGUAUAGGGAUGGUUUUCACAUACCUUACCAUCCGUCUCAUUUUCCUCUCCUAUCUAGACCAAACUCUAACAGGGAGGCUUUGGUGCGCAUUAUAUUCAUUUCAUAAAACCAAUGUGAAACUCAAUUAACUUUAACCGAUUUUUCAGUACGUUCACAAACAAAGGCAAACAAACUACCAUGUCAAUAGUGUUUCCCCCACCCUUCAGAACAUGGCUCUAUCAGGACAUUUUGUUUGUAAGUAGUUUGAUUUUCUUCAUAACAGACAUUCAGAAAUGACCACUGUCAGAUAUUCACUCUGUAAAUGCACCCACAAUGCAACACUAAAGCACAAGUAUGCUUCCGAGAUGUGAUAUGAGUCUAUGUUGUAUACUGUACCUCUGUAAUUAUGCCUUUUGGAAGAAAAAAACACUAAUAUUUGGCACUCCAUCUUGUUUUGCAUUCUGGUAUUAAAGGUCUAAUACGACGUUAAACUACAUUAAAACCUUAACACAUGCAGAUUGAGAGCAGGUUUACCACAUUUUAAGCAAUUUACCAGAAAGCCUGUUCUUUUACUCUCUCACUCAUAUUAUCCCAGCCCCCAUUACACAUAUCUGACUUACUCUCUUACUCAAUCAUCUCUCUCUUCUUUCUUUCUUUCUUUCUUUCUUUCUUUCUUGCUUGCUUGCUUGC